AGUAAUAGCACAUAUCUAAGUAAUAGGUAGAAAUGAUUUUCGUGUAAUGCAUAAAGCUAAAAACUGUGUUAAUAAGAGCGACUUAUCUGCAACAAAUGCAAUAUUUUAUUCAGUAAUUUCUAUCACAGCACAGACACAGAUCAAGGUUACUUCUAAUUACAAGUACAAAAUAUGACAUUUAAAGAAAUGGAUGGAGCCAGGUACGAAAAAGGUGGAGACGUAGGUAGCAAGGGCGUUGGAUUCCAAAUUGGCCUCCUGACGGUGUCUCUUCUGAAUGCCCUGCAGAGAAUCCGCAAUUGGAGACUGUCUACGGAAAAUAAACGGGCGGGAAAAUUUGACGAUGUGGUGCUGGAAUGGCCAGAAGGCUCAGUUUUGCUGCAGGCUAAACACAAGAAGAAGAGGAAGAUCACUUUGGAGGAAUUGCUUUCUACUAACUCAAGAAACGACGAUUUCAGUCUGCCCAAAUAUUUUCUCUCAUACCAAGAAAUCAAAAAUUAAUUUAAAGUGAAAAAUGUGGUUAUCUGUACUAAUGCGAGUGUCCAUGAGAGGGUCUUGGAAUUUUUAGACAGUCGAAGAAUAUGUUCCUGAAGCAUGUUAUACUGCGCUGAUGAUGAGUAUUCAUUUUAUAAGUUUAAUGUAGAGAUUUUACCUUGGUUUAAAACAAAGCGUUAAAAUAUAUGUAGAAAAAUAUUGUCAAUUUUUUCAACAACAGUCAUAAAAUGUUGAUGUGACAAAAAGACAGUUUAGGUAACUGUAUCGAAAAAGACUUUUGAUCUAGGACACUUAUUUAAUUGAAAAAAUUUUAGAAUUCAAACUGAUCAACUAGCAUUAUUUUCUUUGUUUGAAAAUUGCAAAUUGUGGUUCAUUUCAGACGUGGAGGUAAUUUUUUAAAAUCAUAUAUUCUAUAGCUCCAAUUAAGGUUGAAAAGUUAUUUUUUGAUUCAAUUUUCAAGUAUCGAUGCUGAUGGAGCAAUUGAAUGAAAAUAAAAUUCAUUGAUUCUUAUUUUUAUGCAAAGAUGGAUUAUAUUUAAAUUACACCAUCUUCAUGUUUGGAGUGAAGUCAAUCCUCGAUGAGUCGGACCAUCUUCCUUUCAGCAAGUUUAAUAGAAAUGUGUGGAAGGGUGUUUUAAGUAAUAACCUCUGUGGACACCAUAUUGUGUCAUUGUUGAAAUGGGAAUUUAAUUCUGGAAAACUCCCCGAUGUGCUUGAAUAUGUUCCCUUAAAUUUUGCAAAGAGAGCUGGAUGCAAUUGGAUGGUGCACUUGCACAUUACGGAAGGCAAGUACGGCAGUUGUUGGAUGAGAAUCCUCGUCGACAGAUUGAACAGCAACCCAACAACCACCCAAAUGUGUGGAUUUUUUGCGAAGGACCAGCGGCUUGGCCGCCACUCUCGCCAGAUCUGAAUCCUUUGGAUUAUUUCAUUUAUACACCAGUAAACACCCAUAAGGAAUUGAUCCAGGAUAAGGCAUGCUUUUAAUAAAAUAAAAAACAAUCCUGUUCAAAUAGCAGCUGCGGUUAAUACACUAGUUCGUCGAUACCAAAAUUGUAUUGAGGCAGGAGAAAUGAACUUUGAGCAAUUAUUGUCAUUUUUUAGUAAUUGAUAAAUUUGUUGUAAAGUAGUUGUUAUUAAAUUUAUGU